CACACGCACGCAUGCACGCACGCACACACACAUAUCUGGUGUCUCUCUUCUUCCAGGGACUGCCAGUCCUACCAGAUUAAGGCUCCACCUUCUGACUAUUUUGAGCCUUCAUCGCCUCCUUAAAGGGCCUACCCCCAAAUAUAGUCACAUGAGGGAGUUAGGACUUCAACGUAUCGAUUGGAGGGGACGCUAUUCAGCCCCUGGCAGUAGGUAAAAUGUAAAUUAAAGAACUGAGUGGAGCAGAUGGAAAUGUUGAUCUCACUGGAAUAAUAAAUGCAGCUUAAUGAUGACAUUGUCUCAGGACAGUGAAUUUGCUGUUGCUAAUCUGGCCAUUCAAAUUAAAAGCAGAGACACUUCUGAGGGAGAAAUAACCAUGGAUCAAACUGCAAGGGAAGGGCGAGGAAUGGCUACAAUUUCCUAUGUACCAUACAGCUGUGUUUGUCAGGUCAUCCUAAAAGCCAACUCUUCUUUAGCAGUCAGCGAAUUGAUUAGCAGGAUCGAAAGGAAAAUACAUGGCAACCUCACACAUGGAAACUUCACGCAAGGUCAACUGAUGUUGUUAGUUGCAUCGGAACACAUUGCAGUGGAAAAACUAGAGCCUGGAAGGUGCAAAGCCCAAGAAACAGUCUCUAAAUACAAAGGGACCUAUAAGUGGCUCUUAACCAACCCUACCGAGACAGCCCAAACUAGAUGCAUAAAGAAUAGGGAUGGAAACGCCACUAGAGUCUGCUCAAUCAACAUGGAGACUGGCAAAUCUCAGUGGGAAAAACCGAAGUUAAAACAGUGCAAACUGCUUCAAGGACUUCCUGAUAAGAUUGUGGAUCUCGCUAACAUUACUAUAAGUGAUGAGAAUGCAGGUGAUGCUGCACAGCACAUUUUAAACUUGAUAAAUGAAUCCCCCACUCUGGAUGAAGACGAGACAAAAAUUGUUGUUUCUAAAGUAUCUGACAUUUCACAAUGUCAUGAGAUAAGUAUGAAUCUAACCCAGAUGAUACUACAAAUAAUCAGUGCUGUUUUGGGAAAGCAAAACAAUUCAGCAUCUGAUCUGCGUGAAGUGAGAAAUGAAAUUCUGAGGAUAAUUGAGCGUGCUGGUCACAAGAUGGAGUUUUUUGGGAGGACAGCAAAUCUGACAGCAGCCAGCCUGGCUUUGGCCAUCCUGCGGGUAGACCACACAUUUGAAGGCAUGGCCUUCAGCAUUCGCUCCUACAACGAGGGCGCAGACCCUGAGAUUUAUCUGGGUGAAGUCCCUCUGGGAAGGAUUUUGGCUUCCAUAUAUUUGCCUAAAUCCCUGAGGGAGAGAAUUCCUCUUAGCAGCUUACACACCAUCUUGUUUAAUUUUUUUGGCCAAACUUCACUCUUUAAGACCAAAAAUGUCACUAAAGCAUUAACUACCUUUGUGGUGAGUGCCAGCGUUUCACAUACAUCAAUUCAAAACUUGGCUGACCCAGUGGUUAUUUCUCUGCAGCAUGUUGGAGGAAACCAGAAUUAUGAUCAAGUUCACUGUGCGUUUUGGGACUUUGGGAGUAACGAUGGGCAAGGUGGAUGGAACUCGUCAGGCUGUAAAGUAAAGGAAACAGACGUAAAUCACACAAUCUGUCAGUGUGACCACCUCACCCAUUUUGGAGUCUUAAUGGAUUUAUCCAGGUCUGCAGUGGAUGCAGUGAAUGAACGGAUAUUAGUGCUUAUAACAUACAUUGGAUGUGGAAUCUCCUCCAUUUUCCUGGGAGUUGCAAUGGUGACAUACAUAGCUUUUCACAAACUUCGAAAAGAUCAUCCUUCCAAAAUCCUGAUCAACCUGUGCACAGCACUACUGAUGCUAAACCUGGCAUUUCUGGUCAAUUCCUGGUCCGCGUCAUUUCAGAAGGCGGGACUGUGCAUCACAGCCGCAGGGGCGCUUCAUUACUUCCUGCUCGUUUCUUUGACUUGGAUGGGCCUGGAGGGGGUCCACAUGUAUAUCUGUCUGGUCCGAGUCUUCAACAUCUACGUUCCCAAUUAUAUCCUUAAAUUUUGUCUAGUUGGUUGGGGAAUCCCAGGGAUCAUGGUGGCGAUCACACUCAGUGUGAAAAAAGAUCUAUACGGAACCCUAAGCUCAGUGACUCCAUUUUGUUGGAUUAAAGAUGAUUCUAUCUUUUACACCUCAGUUGUGGCCUAUUUUUGCCUCAUAUUUCUAAUGAAUCUCUCCAUGUUCUGCACUGUUCUCGCUCAACUGAAUUCCAUGAACUCCCAAAGCCAGAGGACCCGGCGGAAGAUAAUCCUGCGUGACCUCAAAGGCACAACCAGCCUGACCUUCUUACUUGGCCUCACCUGGGGGUUUGCCUUCUUUGCCUGGGGACCUGUGAGGAUCUUUUUCUUAUAUCUUUUUGCCAUUUUCAACACGUUGCAAGGAUUCCUCAUUUUCGUGUUUUACUGCAUGAUGAAGGAGAGUGUGCGGGAGCAGUGGCAGACACAUCUCUGUUGUGGGUGGUUACGACUGGAUAACUCUUCUGAUGGGGACAGCAGGUGUGGACUAAAUGUUAGGCACAAACAAGAGAGACUGAAGAAAACCUUCCAGCACAAAGUAUUGACACCAUCCUUCAAGUCAACUGCGACUAGUUCUACUUUCAAAUCUUUAGGCUCCGCACAAUGCAUUCCUUCAGAAAUAAGCUUCCCAAAUGGUGACUUUGAUGAAGAUCCCUAGUGUUUCUCUCCCUGGGGUUGUGAAGUUGUGUCUAAUUAUGUGAAAAGAAUAUUACCUGUGGACGUCCAAAUGAAUUCCACUCACAAGGAUUUCUUCAAUAAUUCCCAGCAGAGAUACCCGCC